GACUAAUUUAGGCUUUCUUCCAGCAGUUGCUCCAGGAGUCUGUGGGGAUGUUGGGCAUGAGCCCAGGAGGCAUUAGGGCCCAUAUGACCAAAGGAGGCAGUAGGAGGUACAGGAGGAGCUGAUCCCUGGGGGACAGAAUGUAAAGUGGGACGAUGAGGCUAAAGUUUGAAUCUUGGGGCUAUGAGUUGAAGUGAUUCUUAACGUUUCACUGUUGAUGAUUUUAAAUGCAGAAAUUGAAUAAAUAGGAUAUUGUUUCCCAGUUUAGUGUAUUGGUUGCCUACAAGAGUGUUUUCCUACCAGGAAUAAUAACAUACACUUAUUCUAGAAUGCCUGGGACUACAGAGCUAUUUUGGUGGUUACUCGCUUUUCUUAGAGCUCAAGAAUUUAUGUUUCCAGGAAUGUGACUAGUUUAGCCACUAAAGGUUUAAUACAAUGGAGGGCUAUCCAGAUUCCCUCUGUCUAGAUUUGCCUUGGAAGCCAAAGGGAUUAGAAGAAGGAAAGCAAAGAGAAUAUGUUAAUCCCAAGAAUUGAACAGAGCAAAAACCCUAUGGCUCUUGUACUUAAAAUAUCUUGGCCCCACAGGCUCAUCACGUAUGCUCUGUUCAGGAGGGUCAUAUAUACACAUUAUGGGCUUCCCAUAAGGUAGGGCUGGGAGUGGAUGACCUUCUCUUUUCCUCCUUUUUCUUGUGUUCUAGCCCCAAACCCAUCAACAUCUUUUCUGUCUAUCCUGAUGUUUCUGGUCCUGUGCCUCAAUGUAUGCUCUUGGCUCUUAGAAUCCCAGAAUACUUUGCUUUUUCCUCUUAUAUGAUGCUUAACUUAGUCUUAACACAUUAUUAAGGGGUUUUGUGGAUACUUCUUUUUUUUUUAAAGAUUUUAUUAUUUGAGAAAGGGAGAGAAUGAGCAGUGGGGAGGGGCAGAGGGAGAGACAGAGAAAGAAGCAGACUCUUUACUAAGCAGGAAGCCCAAUGCGGGGCUCGAUCCCAGGACCCAGAGAUCAUGACCUGAGCCAAAGGCACACGCCUAACCAACUGAGCCACCCAGGUGUCCCCCAGAUGUGGAUUCUUCUUGAGAGAGAAAUGACUUUUUUCUGCUCUAGCUCUGGUAUCUCCCAGAUUCAGCUUGGAGCUUCACAGUUCCUGUAUACUUGUAUCCCUUUCACUGAUCUGAGGUGCAUAGUCUCCCUGGGAAGACAGGAUCUCAGCACAGGAAGUAUUUGACUCUGGGGACCUGCAGGCUAGUAACGCACUAUAACGCCCAAGAAUGACGUCAUAAAGUAGGAGUUCCUUUUGUGGGCCCUGGUCUGUGGCCUCUUGGAAUCUAGAUGCCAAGGAAAUCCCUAAGCAGAGAUUUUCUGUUUGGAUGAUCAAAGCAAGGAAUAAAGAUUGGGAAUUUGGAAAAUGUCUCAACAGUUUCAUUACCAGAACGAUACAAGAGUCAUUUCGAGCUCGCUGUUGGAUAAUCCUUCAGCAGAGUUCUGUGCAAGAUUCAGGAAAUUUCAGAGGAGAGAUACUCAGUGCCAGGCAUUUGUGAAGAGAGUCAUAAUGAGUCGUCUCUUUAAGAUAAUUAUGAUUAGCACCGUCUCCCUGAAUGCCUUUUUUGUGGUCUUGUGGACUGAUUAUAAUACAAAAUACAACUUGUUCAGACUUUUUGAGGUCUCCGAGCUGAUAUUUGUGUCCAUCUAUAGCUCUGAGUUCUGCAUGAAGCUCUACGUGGACCCCAUCAACUACUGGAAGGACGGCUACAACCUGCUGGAUGUCAUCAUUAUCGUCACUAUCUUCAUCCCCUACGGUCUGCACAGAUUCAAGGGCAAGCACUACCCCUACCUCAACAUUGCUGAUGGCAUGCAGUCCCUGCGCAUCCUCAAGCUCAUCACCUACAGCCGUGGCAUCCGGACCCUCAUCACUGCCGUGGGGCAGACAGCCUACAUCGUGGCCUCCGUGCUCAUCCUGCUCUUCGUCCUCAUGUUCAUCUUCGCUAUCUUGGGCUUCUGCCUAUUUGGAACUCCAGACAGGGGUGACCCGAAUAACUGGGGGAACCUGGCUGUGGCCUUCUUCACUCUCUUCAGCUUGGCCACGGUCGAUGGCUGGACAGAUCUGCAGGAGCAGUUGGACAAUCGCAACUUGGCUCUCAGCCGGACGUUCACCAUCAUCUUCAUCUUGCUUGCCACCUUCAUCUUCCUCAGUAUGUUCGUGGGUGUGAUGAUCAUUCACACUGAGGCCUCCUUUAAGAAGUUCAAGCUGGACCUGAUGGCCGAGAGGCACAUGGCACUCAUGGGAGAGAAGCAGGUGAUUCUGAGGCGGCAGCAGGAAGAGGUCAGCAGGCUGAUGCAGAUGCAGAAAAAUGCUGACUACAAAAGUUUCGGUGAGCUCGUGGAGAACUUCAAGAGGACCCUGCAGCACACCGACCCCAUGGUCCUGGAUGAUUUCGGCACCAGCCUGCCCUUCGUCGAUGUCUACUUGUCCACUCUGGACAACCAGGACGCUACCAUCUGCAAGCUUCAGGAGCUGUACUACGAGAUUGCGCACGUGUUGAGCCUGAUGCUCGAAGACUUGCCGCAGAAGAAACUGUCCCAGACCUCCGAAAAUGCUGAUGAGACAUAGGGAGCGUGGGCACCCAGACGCCAAGGGGUCUUGCAGGCUGUGACAGGCCCUCGUUCAACACAGGCUUUUUGAAUUGCCCUCUCUGCAGUUGCUUAAGCUCAUGGUACUGCCCUGCCUCAGGGGGUUGGGCCUGGGUAGGCGCCCAUAAAGUCUGAUUGCCUGGUCUGCUCCCCCCUCAGCCUGUGGGGUGGGGAGAAGAUGCUCAGGACUUGCCCUUGGCCAGACACCUCAUCCAGGGGCCACACUGGCUCUCUCCUCCCUUGACCUCAGCAGCAAGGACUCAUUGGGCUCCCGGGAAAGCCAUCAGAGGACCCCAGACCAAGAAGGGCCUCCAGUAGCCCCCUACAUGUAUAAUGGCUCCUUUGAGCUGGUGCAGCCCCACUGAUCUUGGAACUUCUCAAAGCUGGGUGGCUCUUUGUGGGUGCCCCACAGCAGGAAGAGCAGCAUUUCUCUCUAUGCACCUACUCCCGUGACGACCCUUGUUUGGAAGUUGGCUCUGCUUUUCUCUAGGCUCAUGGUGGUUGUGAUCCCCCAGUGGGUGCAUGGGGGAUCUCCCAGAGGGGUCAGAGGAGCAGCAGUAUUGGGCUGUUGCUGCUAGUAUGGUCAGUUAGGACUUUUCACUUGAAAGGUGGCCUCUUCUGUGUCCCUUCUGGCCACAUGACUAGCAGAGUUGCCGCACUCCUGACACUCCCUUGAUCCAGCCGUGAUGGAAUUUUCUGAAGGCACAGGUGGGGCAGGUUUGGCUGACACCCUUUGUCCCUGACUGGCCAGGGCCCUGUGGUGCCCCUCUGCUCCCAUUGCUGGGGGCUGUUCUCAAGGCCCGUUACUUUAGCAGGCCCUGUCUGACAGAGGAAGGAAGGAGUCCUGGGCAGAGCUGGGGUGGGACACCAGCACAUACAGUUGAGGGAAAAAAAGCCCCAGACCUACUGGGGAGUUGGGUCAGUGGAAAACACCUGGGGUAAAAUUGAGAGCGGUUGGAUGACGGGCCCCUUGCAUGGACCUAUGGUCUGUGGGCAUGGGUGACAGCUCCUCCAAGGCCACAGAACAAGGGCACUUGGAAACCUUUUCUCGUGGUUUUGUUCAUGCAUCCAACUACUAUUUACUGAGCUGUGCUGGGUGCUGGGGUGCUGUCAUGAGAAGACCCACAGUCCAGUCCUGGUCCUCUUGGGGACCUCGGUAAUCAGUAAUCCAGCCAGACUGGAUGAGAGACAUUUCCUUAAGGAAGUGAUGGUUGUUCGCUUGCAGAGAGCAUGCGUCUUUUAAGAGAGUCAAAUCAUUGCCAUUUGCAAAUGUUCACACUCCCAUCGUGUAAAGAUGUGGAGGAGGCUUGCCUUGAAGAGUGAGACCUGUCACCGUGCUAUUGGGGAGCCGUCUGAGGGUGGGAGAGGUAGCCUCGUUCUUUCCGGAGGCACAGAAAACUUUAUGCCAGUGCCCUUAGUGGAGAGGGAGGGUACUUAAGUAUGCAGGACAUGUGAGCCCUCCGCGGAUCGGGCAGAGGCCCAGGGCUUUAUGCCUGCGGUGCCUGACCCUGAAGGCUGGGGGCUUCUGUGGGCACUCUGGGGUUGCGGCCCUGCCUGUAGGACAGGCAGGCCUCAGGCCACAGCUCUGGUUCAGACCUGGGGCAAAGCAAACACGCUGCUCACACUGCCGUGGACACUCUUGGCAUUGCUGUGUGCCUACGUUGCUCGGGAGAAUAUGAAAACACAUUCCCCUGCUCUCACCAGGAAUCCCGAGAAUUGCCUUAAGCCCCUGGGAGUGAACAAAGGACUAAAAAAAAUUAGCCUCAGAGAGGUAAGUUGGAAAGUGCUCCGGUUUUGGAGUGGGUAGGUCUGGAUUCGGUAAUUGGGUGACCUUGGGCAAGGUGCCAAAUCUUCUGAAAAUGCAGCUAUUUCCUCUGAGAAAUGGGCUGAUAAAACUGACCCACUCUGAGGACGGAAUGAAAUACAUGUGAGAACGUGAAGAAGGCUGGAGGCAGCUGUGGUUGGUGCUUCCUCCUGCUCAGCUCUGCCUCUGCUGGGUGGCCAGCCGCAGCGGGCCAUGCUGGUCAGGGGCCAAUGUCAGGGUCAGGGAGGACAGUAUGGCACCGAGAGCAGGAAGCAGAAGUCAGGAGUUGGUGUUGGGGGUGGGCGGUAAAGGGGUCUCCAUGGGGAGCUGGCAUGGAAUGAGCUGGAAGGCCUGGGUUCCCACAGGGAAGCCCCAGGCACAGGGCUCUGGGCCACAGCGGGGAAGGCAAGCUGCCUUGAAGGGCACAAGCAGAAGGCUGUCACCGAGCAGGGAGCCGGGAGAGGGUGACGUGCAGAGGGCCGGCCCAGCACUGCUGGCAGAACAAGCCAGCGGGUAUUUGGCGCAAAGUCCCAAAGCAGUAUUUCUGUUUGGCUCUAUUCGUCUGCAGAGCAAACACUGGCAGAUUGGAAUUCCCACUUGGGCUCUCACCAACUCAAACAGGCCUGGCCACAACUUUCAAUUGAUUUGCUUGGGGCAGAAGUGCUCUGCCUGCCCAGGCCUGGCUGUGGAAAGCAGGACCCUUCUCAUGGCCCUCCAGGCCUUGGGUCCAGUAGAGCUGUCCCCAGAAGGCUCUUUCAUCUCUGUCUUGGCAGCCUGUGGUUUGGUAGCUGCACUGGGAUGCAGGGGACCUGGGCUUGAGUCUUUUGGGUCACACUCAGGCCUUCCCCUAGUUCCUCUGGGAAGGAUCUGGAAUCUAAGGCUGGAGGUAUUUGGAAGGUGGCCGGAUAUUUUUGUUUUUGUUUAACGGCUUGUUGAUUCCACCAGCAGGAAGCACUCCCUAUACGAUGGAGAUCCAGGCAGGGAGUGAGAAUAUAAACUCUCCUAUUUAUUCCAACAGCCCCUAGGAAUCCUACACAGAGAUGCUGGGAACUGCACACCUUGCGUUUCCAUCAAAUGUGGGUGAGACAGGCUGUGUCCUAAUUCAAAGAGCCCUUUACCCAGUCCGACUUUGCUCUCGGUGGUCUCUUUCCUUGUUUCGGUCUCUGUCCCUGGCCCAGCUUGCCGGGGCCUGCUCUCUUGGUUCACAGGCUCUCGAGAGAGAGGAUGGCUCUGAAUUCUUAAGUAGGCUGCCCAGAAGGGAGAGGCGAUGGCUGCCAAUACGAGUCCAAGUGCUUGGGAAAUGACGAGAAGGAGGUAAAUGUGACGGAGACAGGUUUAUCACCACGAAAGUGCCCUGCUCCUAUCCACAUCCCACCACCCGGAGCUCUGCCUGUGCUGGUCCAUCCCACGCUUCACCGUCCCCAAGUUCUAUCUUUGAUUUAAUGUAGACUGUGGGUGACAUAGUGCUGGGGGAGUGGGGGAGAGCCAGGAUGGAUCAGGAAAGGGAGGAGCGGGGAGCAUCAUCCUCUCUUGGUCUCCUCCAUGAUGGAGAGCCAGGGUAAUGGGCAAAACAGAGAGCAAAUGAGGAGACCAGUCAGGUUUGAUGGGUCUACACAAUCAGGAGCCGGGACAGGGAGAGAAAAAGAAAGUAAAAGCCAAGGGCCAAGAGUCAGAGACUUUUAUACAGAGGGUCUGACCUAGCUGGAGCAUGAGGCUUGCAAAGCGGAGAAAUUGCGACGACAGGUGUCCUUGGGGGGUGAGAAUGGGAUCCUCCCUGAUGUUCUUUGAGAGAGGCAAGUCAUGGUUGGAAUCAUUUAAAGAUGAUUUUUGGUUGCUGACUGUGCCUUUUAAAAAUGGCAGCCCCUGACGCCUGGGUGGCUCAG